UGUCAGAUAUGUGAAUGUUCGGUCGUUCCACUGUCAUUUCCCUGCGUGAUCCGCACUGCUGUCGGGUUGGUGCGGGUCUAUGAUGCUGAGAUUGGGCUUCGCACGGUCUCCAUCAUCAAGCACCGCUAGACACAUCGCACAGUCCAGGAUCUUCGCCGGAUCUCCUCUGCUCAAAAACAACCCUUAUACAUUAUAUAAGAGUUCUUCACCAGCGAAAGCCCUCCAGUUUGUCCACAAGUCCGUGUGUGUCAGUAUCAGAUUGUCCUGGGACAGUUUCAGGUCUUCUGGAGCCGUUGGCUUCAGCAUGGCAUCAGGGGGUGAUAGAGCAACCAGAUCGAAGCCUCCAAAACACACCAAUCGCCUGAGUAUGGAGAAGUCCUCCUAUCUACUGCAGCAUGCACACAACCCUGUGGAUUGGUAUCCGUGGGGACAAGAGGCCUUUGACAAAGCAAAGAAUGAAGCCAAACCCAUUUUUCUAUCAGUGGGUUAUUCCACCUGUCACUGGUGUCAUGUGAUGGAGAGGGAGUCGUUUGAAGAUGAGGAGAUCGGAAAAAUCCUCAGCAAGAACUUCGUGUGCAUAAAGGUGGACAGAGAGGAGAGGCCCGACGUUGACAAAGUUUACAUGACGUUUGUGCAGGCAACCAGUGGCGGCGGUGGUUGGCCAAUGAGCGUGUGGCUUACACCAGAUCUCCGGCCAUUCAUAGGUGGCACAUACUUCCCACCCAGAGACAUGGGAAGAAGACCUGGACUAAAAACUGUGCUUCUACGGAUUAUAGAACAAUGGCAGAGUAACAGAGAAACCCUUGAGUCCAGUGGAGAGAGAGUACUAGAAGCCCUUAGGAAGGGGACAGCAAUCUCUGCCAGCCCUGGAGAAACUCCUCCAUCCGGUCCAGAUGUUGCCAACAGAUGUUUCCAGCAGCUGGCUCGCUCCUAUGAGGAAGAAUACGGUGGCUUUAGAGAAGCACCCAAAUUCCCCUCACCAGUGAACCUGAUGUUCCUGAUGUCAUUCUGGGCAGUAAAUCGUGCCACCUCUGAGGGAGCAGAAGCGUUGCAGAUGGCCCUUCACACUCUCAGAAUGAUGGCACUAGGGGGCAUUCAUGACCAUGUGUCACAGGGUUUUCAUAGAUACUCCACAGAUUCCUCCUGGCAUGUUCCUCACUUUGAGAAGAUGUUGUAUGAUCAAGGACAGCUUGCUGUGGCUUAUAUCACUGCUUACCAGGUGUCUGGGGAAUGCGUUUUUGCAGAUGUGGCUCGUGACGUGUUGCUCUAUGUCUCCAGAGACCUAAGUGACAAGUCAGGUGGCUUCUAUAGCGCUGAGGAUGCAGAUUCCUUUCCCACGGCUGAGUCCGCUGAGAAAAGAGAGGGAGCGUUUUGUGUGUGGACAGCAGGAGAGAUCAGAGAGCUGCUUCCUGAUAUCGUGGAAGGCGCCACAGGAGGCGCGACACAGGCAGAUAUCUUCAUGCAUCAUUAUGGUGUGAAAGAGCAAGGAAACGUGGAUCUCGCUCAGGACCCCCACGGAGAGCUGCAGGGGCAAAAUGUGCUGAUCGUGCGUUACUCGGUGGAACUCACCGCUGUUCAUUUUGCCAUCGGCGUGGACAGACUAUCCGAUCUUUUAGCACAUGCCAGGGUCAGGCUGGCUGAGGUGCGAAGGGCCCGUCCUCCUCCUCACCUAGACACCAAAAUGCUUGCCUCCUGGAACGGACUGAUGUUAUCUGGGUUUGCACGUGUUGGAGCCGUGCUGGGAGAUAAAGCUUUGCUGGAACGAGCUGAACAAGCAGCUUGUUUUCUCCGAAAACACCUGUGGGACGACGAGGACCAGAAGAUUCUCCAUUCCUGUUACCGUGGAAAUAACAUGGAAGUUGAGCAAGUUGCUUCCCCCAUCGCAGGCUUUCUGGAUGAUUAUGCCUUUGUGGUGUGUGGGUUGCUGGAUCUGUUUGAGGCCACGCAGAAGGUCCGCUGGCUGGAGUGGGCAGAGGAACUCCAGCAGAGACAAGAUCAACUCUUCUGGGAUUCCCAGGGCAGUGGAUACUUCUGCAGCGACCCAUCAGAUCCAACACUGCUGCUGUCACUUAAACAGGAUCAAGACGGUGCUGAGCCCAGCGCAAACUCAGUCUCGGCUAUGAACUUGCUGCGGCUCUCCCACCUCACAGACAGGCGGGAUUGGAUGCAGCAUUCUCAACAUCUAUUGGCUGCCUUCUCUGAUAGACUGCUUAAGGUGCCAAUCGCCCUUCCAGACAUGGUUCGAAGUCUCAUGGCCCAACAUUACACCCUUAAACAGAUUGUUAUCUGUGGCCGGCCUGACGCGGAAGACACUUUGAGUUUGAUUUCCAGUGUCAACUCCCUUUUUCUGCCUCAUAAAGUCCUGAUGUUGGCCGAUGGUAACACAGAGGGCUUCCUUUAUAAAAAGCUGCCCAUCCUCUCCACCCUUGUUCCUCGGGACAGCAAGGCCACGGCGUACGUGUGCGAGAACUUCACCUGCGCUCUCCCCAUCACCUGCCCUCAGGAGCUCAGGAGACUGCUGCUGGAGUGAGCAGCAUCCGUCACGCCACGCCAACAACCUGGGCCGCUAGAUGUCUCAAAAUUACACCAGUAGAAAACUGCAUCCAUCACACAACAGUGAAAUGCACUGUAAGAUAUUACAUGGUGGUAAGGUAAACCUCUGGGGGGGAGGAUAUUUGUGAUGUUAAACCUCAUUUUUACACUUAUCGCAAGGCAGUGGUCCAGGGAGACGGAAGUACAAUAAUAUCAUAAUGUGAGGUGGAACGCUGAGACACUGUACCUUUUAUAGGUUAUUCUCAUGAGCACAAGUGAUUGACAUCCAGCGUUUUUAAAAGAUCAAGCAUGUUUCUCCAUAACCUUUCUAUGCACUGCAGCUUUUCAGGUGUGUAUGAGCAACGUGCUGCACCCUAGAUAAAGAGAUUAAUAUACCGUAUUUGCAAAUGAGACACACAAUGUAUGUAUAAUUUAGAAUCUAAUAAAUACUCACUGAGUAACCCUGGUUGAUCUCUGCUUUAUUCAUUUUGUAAAACACACAUUGCAGGUGCAGUGUAAACAUCAGAUGGAAAGUGAACGGUUGGGAUGUUCCAAAUAAAGCAAAUACAGGUUUUAAGAAAGCGCAGCAUUGGGUAGUUUUGCUUGCCGAGCCAAUGCAUUUAAUUUUAAGGCAGUUCAGAUCAGUGGACAGGAAGCGACAACGGCGAACUUUGUUGGAUUUUUCCUUCCGAGAUGCUGAGGGAUGCGUCUCUUUCACUGAGACAGCUCCCUUCCUAUUCCACCCCCGCAACCUCACCAGCCGUGGGUGACAAGGCAAGAGAAAAUUAAACCAUCUGCAGAGCU